UGCGAGAGGGCGAGCCGGCCAAGAGCUCGGCGCUCUUAGCAGCGAGGAGGCAAACCUGCCACCUGCAGUUGGUCCGUUUUUCCCCCUGAGGAGGUCAGCAUGGCAGAGGCGCGAGGGUCGCUCGAACGGCCAGCUCCGGCCGAAAAGAACGAAGAAGCGUUGGAGAAAGGCGUGGGCGAAAACGGAGCGCCGGUGGACUCAGGCGAAGACGAGGAGGCGAAGGAGCGCCCCGCCUGCACCGCCGAGGAGGGCGACCCUCUGAAAGAAGCAUCUGAAGAAACAGCCCGGGAGGAAGAAGGCGGGAGCCACGGGAUGGGUUCUCCGAGCCAGAGCAGCGGAGAGACGACCCCAAAGACCGAGGACGAGGAUCAGGCGAGUUUAGCGGGGCCACCUGCAGAGCAAGUUGGACCAGCAGGCAGUCCGAGCGCAGAAGGAACAACUAGCGCGGAAAGCCCCGAGGAAGAAUCUGAGGGCAACACCUGGGCUGAGGCUCCUGUCCCCGAGGAGCCUCCGCAGCAGGAGGGAGAGUCGGCCGGGGGCCGAAGGGCAAGCCCGACCGAGGCAGAAGACGCCUCCGAAGGAGAGGAGCCCGCGGAGGAAAGGAGCACAGCUGAGCAAAUCCCAGGAUUGGAAGAGUGCGCUGAGGAUGAGAGAGAAGAAGACACGGCCGAAAAAAGCUCCGAAAAAGAAUCUCCUGAAGUUGCUCAAGAAGAAGAAGAAGAAGAAGAAGAAGGACAAGAGGAGGACGAGGCGGAGAGUACUAUCCCGCUGGAGGAGCAGUGGCGGACCGGAGAGGAGACUCUGCGGGGAGACAGCCCUCCUAGCGAGAGCCCCGUUGAAGAAACUCUGGCGGCAGAGGAGGAUCUCGCGGUGGAAGAGGCAGAAGUAAACCAGAAAAGCCCACCAGCGCCAGAUGCCAGUACAGAGGAAACUGGUGCCCAGGAUAAUCCUGAGGCGAGUGCAGAGGAAGAGGGGGAGGAGGAGGAGGAGGAGGAGCAGCAGCAGCAGCAGGAGGAGCAGCCCGCCGAUUCUGGAGCGGUGGGAUCUCUGGGAGAGGCCGAUGAACUCAGCAGCCAGAUACAGCAGGAUGAGCCUGUUGGCAGAUCCGCCGAAGAAGGGGCGGAAGAAGUAGAUGCUCUGGGGCUGAAUGGCCUUCAAGGGAGAGAAGAAGAAGCGACUGUAGAAGGGAAGCAGACCGUCCCCCACGAUGCGCCUGAGCAAGAGAAACAGGAACAUGACAUUUCUCUCUUUGUAAAAGCUGGCAGUGAUGGGGAAAGUAUUGGAAACUGCCCAUUUUCUCAACGUCUCUUCAUGAUUCUCUGGCUAAAGGGUGUUAUUUUUAAUGUUACCACUGUGGAUUUGAAACGGAAACCUGCAGACUUACAGAAAUUAGCUCCAGGAACAAAUCCUCCAUUUAUAACUUUUGAUGAUGAUGUUAAAAUAGAUGUAAAUAAAAUUGAAGAAUUUCUAGAAGAAAAGUUAGCACCACCAAGAUAUCCUAAACUUGCACCAAAACAUACAGAAUCUUACUCUGCAGGAAAUGAUGUCUUUGCUAAAUUUUCUGCAUUCAUAAAAAAUACAAGGGAAGAUGUCAAUGAACAUUUAGAAAAAACAUUGCUUAAGGCUUUAAAUAAACUGAAUACUUACUUAAAUACCCCCUUGCCUGAAGAAAUAGAUGCCAAUAGCACUGAAGACAUCACUGUUUCCACAAGGAAAUUCCUAGAUGGUGAUGAACUCACAUUGGCAGAUUGCAAUCUCUUGCCAAAGCUUCAUAUCAUCAAGGUUGUGGCAAAGAAGUUUAGAAAUUUUGAAUUUCCAUCUGAAAUGACUGGUAUCUGGAGAUAUUUGAAUAAUGCAUAUGAUAGGGAUGAGUUCAUAAAUACAUGCCCUGCAGAUCGGGAAAUAGAAUAUGCCUACCUGGAUGUUGCAAAAAGAAUGAAAUAAAUCAAGAAUGUUCUGUGUCUUA